AUGUCGAGAGAGAGAGAGAUUAAUAGAAAAAAAAUGUACCUGGAGGUACCACCGGUACUUUUGCAACCAAAGAUUUAUCAAGGAUUCAAUGGUAGUAUUUUUCAAUGGCAAUGGAACCGCCCUGGUGCUCUUCCUCUCCCCAGUGCCUACGUUCAUCCGCAUCUGGAAGAAGGGGUCCGUGGAGCAGUAUACUCGCCGGUGCCGUACGUGGCGACCCUCCUGAACUGCAUGAUGUGGGUGUUGUACGGCCUGCCUGCGGUGCACCCGCACAGCAUGCUGGUGAUCACCAUCAAUGGCACUGGCGUGGCCAUCGAGGUCACCUACAUCACGCUCUUCCUUCUGUACUCCACUGGCGCUACCCGGCGUCGCGUUCUCCUUCAGCUGGCAGCCGAGGUCGCCUUUGUCGGUGCCGUCGCCGCGUUGGUGCUCAACCUGGCGCACACGUAUGAGCGCAGAUCCAUGGUCGUCGGCAUCCUUUGUGUGCUUUUCGGCACCGGCAUGUACGCCGCCCCGCUCUCGGUCAUGUAUCCUCCUUCAAUAACCUGUGACAUGGAUAUUGAUCGUGUAUUUUUCUAUGUGUGCUUCUCUUCCAUGACUCAGAAAAUGGUAAUCAAGACGAAGAGUGUGGAGUACAUGCCGUUGUUCCUGUCGCUAGCCUCCCUGGUGAACGGCAUCUGCUGGACUGCAUACGCGCUCAUCCGCUUCGACCUCUACAUCACCGUCCCCAACGGGCUGGGGGUGCUGUUCGCGCUGGCACAGCUGGUCCUCUACGCCAUCUACUACAAGUCCCCCCAGGAGAUCAUCGAGGCACGCAAGCGCAAGGCCGACCAGGUCGCCAUGACCGAGAUCGUCGUCGACGGCAAGCCCAGCAACGCCGGCCACUACUGA